AAAAAGGAGGCCUAAAAAGUCCCUGUAUUUGUGCUAAGGCUGGCUGUGGCUUUUUGUACCUGACGAGCCUCUGUCGGACUCCCAUGCGCCGAAGAACUAACCUCUUUAUUAUUUUUACUGCAGUGACAUCUUAUGCAUAAUGCCGGCAUUAUCCAUGAGCGACAUUGUCGACAUUACGAGUGAAUUUAUUGAAGUGGCAAUACACCAGAUACUGUACGUGCGCGGACUAUAUCCGAAAGAAAUAUUUGCCACUCGACAAAAGUACAACACUCCAGUUCAUAUGUCAAGACAUCCUGAUAUCAAUCAAUAUAUCAAUCAUGUCGUGGCUGCAUGCAAAGAUGGGAUUCACCAAAGAAAUGUCAAAGCUGUGUCAGUGGAGGUAUUCGACUUCCAACAGCGACCAGUAGAGCGCUUUGUUUUUGAACUCAAUUCCAUCUUCGUCCUAUCGCCACAUCAGAAUACGGAUAGUGUAACGACAGAAAUGCUUUGGCCAGACUUGGAACUUCAAUUGAGGGCAUUUUUGUUACGUAUUCAUGCCGCCAACUCUAUAUUGAAGCCGCUACCAGAAGAUUCAAAAUUUUCAGUGGUGGUGGACAUGGAGAGACCUGUAGUACCCGCGUCCCUGCAAGAAAAUAAGACGGGCGUUACUCCUUGGAUACCUGCAGAUGAUGGUAAAAAAGGAGAUGUCUUCUCCGGUUCUAAUUUAGUACCACUUAAAUCCGUGGACACUGGCGUUUUACAGAUGAAUUUGUUCGUCCAAGAAAUCAAUUUUUGACAUGUUUGUGAGAAACAUCCAACCUCGCCCCUGGUCGCCACUUGUGUUUCCACUCUCGCAUACGAUUGAUCAUAAGCAUAAUGCAGAGACCACAUGCAAUGCUACCUUCUGCUUUUUCUACAUGGCGCCGUAUUUACUGGAAACCACCAUUGUGAGACAUAUCCAUUUCCUAACAAGGCUUUUGGGGCUAUUUCCGGAUCAGCAGGGCACACCUGUUGCAGGAUCAUAUCAACAAUUUUGUUUCGAGUGUCUCGUAUAAAGAAUAAAAUGUCGCGCACUUAAA